CCUGUUCUAACUGCCGGAGCAGAGAAGCAGGAGCGGCGAGAAAGCAGAGGCCCAGAGGCGACCGCUGCCAACCAUCCUCGUCCCCCCACGACGGGCAGAGAGCCCACCGUCGCCAUGACAGAGAAGACCCCGGAGACCCACCUGGAGGAGGAGGAGGAAGACCAACUGGAUGGCCAACUCAACUACAGGCCGCCCCCGCAGAAGUCCCUGAAGGAGCUGCAGGAGAUGGACAAGGACGACGAAAGUCUGGCCAAGUACAAGAAGACCCUGCUGGGGGACGGGCCCGUCCUGGCAGACCCCAACGCCCCCAACGUGACAGUGACCCGCCUCACCUUGGUGUGCGACACGGCCCCCGGACCCAUCACCAUGGACCUAACCGGAGACCUGGAGGCCCUAAAGAAGGAGACCUUCGUUCUCAAGGAAGGCGUGGAAUACAGAGUCAAAAUCCACUUCAAAGUCAACAAGGACAUCGUGUCCGGCCUGAAGUACGUGCAGCAUACCUACCGGACGGGGGUGAAAGUGGACAAAGCGACGUUCAUGGUGGGCAGCUACGGCCCGCGGCCCCAGGAGUACGAGUUCCUGACCCCGCCUGAGGAGGCCCCGAAGGGCAUGCUGGCUCGGGGCACCUAUCACAACAAGUCUUUCUUCACCGACGACGACAAGCACGACCACCUCACUUGGGAGUGGAACCUGUCCAUCAAAAAGGAGUGGACCGAGUGAGCCUCCCGGCUGCCCUCUCCCAGCCCCUCCCGCCUCCUGUCUGUCCGGGGACUCCGGCCGUGUCCCCCCGCCAGCCCAGCUCUGCUGCCCUUCCUCUUCCUCCUUCUCCUCCUCCUCUGGACCUUGGCCCAACCCCUCUUCCUGCUGCCUCUGGCCCUGUCCACCCCCCAACUCGCCCUCUGGCCCAGCCUAAAAGCCCUCCUCGUCCACUCUGCCAAGAGGCCCGGAGACCCACCCAGACUCGCCCCGUGAGCUGCCCCCUGCCCGGAGCGGAUCUCUGACCGCUCCUCGAUGUUGGCCAACCUUGCCCGAGGUCCCUCAUCCCCUUCCCCGACACUGCCUUUCCUCCUGCCCCGCAGCGAGCAGGGCUCAAGGAAGACUCAAAUCCGCCCUCCACCUAAUCCCCUGGCAUCCAAGCCCUCCUGGGGCCCUCCACGUGUGCCCAAGGUGAAUAGACACCCCUGUCUGAGCUUUUCUCAGUUCGGGGGCUCAACUAUCCCCCUUCUCCCUUCUCCCAGCCCUCCGGUAGGGACCGCCUCUAUAUGUUGCCGACUUGUACUUCCCAAGCGCUUAGUCCAGUGCUCUGCACACCAUAAGCGCUCAAUAAAUACGAUUGAAUGAAUGAAUGAAUUGGCUCCCUCCAAGACCAAAGACGGAAAAUCAUCCACCAAUCAAUCAAUCAAUCACUCUUGUACAGCUGUUCAUCCCUGCCACCCCGGAUCCCUGAGAGCCGCUUAGUGGAAAGAGCCCGGGGUCUGGGAAUGGGAGGACCUGGGUUCUAAUCCCGGCUCCACCAAUCGCCUGCCGUGUGACCUUGGGCAAGUCACUUCACUUCUCUUGGUCUCCGUUGCCUCAGCCAUGAAACGGGGGUUCAAUCCUACUUCGUCCUACUUAGGCAGUGAGCCCCAUGUGAGAUAGGGACUGUGUAGCUCUCGGAUUUAGCUCAGAGCUUAGUACAGAGCU